AUUUUUCAUUUGUACCAAUUUCGGCAACAAGAAAAAACUAACAAAUGACAAAACAUGGCUUCCAAGCAACAAGAAGUAGAAGUAUUAGAAAGUUGGGAAGAAAUCGAGGAGACUGAUGUAUUAGAAAAGAAGUUUAAGUCAAUUAUCCCGCCGAGCAAGUCUCUGGAGACCAAAAGCAAUGGAAUAAAUUCAAUGCCAAUAAAAAUUCUCUUAACCGGAGACGAUGCCUUAAGAUCUCAGUACGUGCCUCCAGAACCCACCGUUAAAAUACUUAAACGCCCUACAAAAGAAACACAGAACACCAAUGACUCAAAAGUAUUUCAGCCCAAGAAAACCCUUCAACAAAGGAAGCAGGAAUAUGCUGAAGCUCGAUUACGAAUUUUAGGAGAGACAGAAAAAACUGAAGAAGAAAGAAUAAGUAUAGUUCCCAGUAAAGCUCGCUCUGCGGACUUGGAUAAUGUGAUACGAUUGCCACGAGGACCAGAUGGGACAAAAGGUUUCAACAUACGUAGAUAGUAUAAUUUAUUAGUUUUUAAGUUCUUUUGUAUGUUCAAAUUACUCACAUAUCAUUUACCAUUUAUAACAUAAUAUCCAUCUAACAUGAUAUGUGAAAUUAACGGGGAGGUACUCAGGCCACUAACUGCAAACAAAAUUGCCUUGCAAAUAUCCUCUCUGUAAAGACUUGUACAAUUUUUACAUAGUGCAACAUGUUUAGCUGUAAUUGAUAAUGUAAUAGUGUGAGUAGUACUUGCUAUUUAGCAAGGAUUAACUUACAACAUUUAUUUCAAUUUUAUAAUUUCAUAUAUGAAUUAGUGAACACGUAAUUAAGCUUUUCAUACAGAAUUGUCUGGAUACAAUCAGUUGCUGUUCAUACGGCAGUGUUUUAAAGUAAUUAUGUGUAGAUGUUAUUACCAUGACGGAGAAUUGCAUCUUUUUUAUACAACUAUGUGUAAAUAUAAUGUAAGAUAUUUUUAUUAUUCAUAUUCUGAUAGUUUUGAGAGUUGCAGUGUUAAUUUUGCUCAUUGUAUAUUAUUAAUGUUAAGUUAUAUUUAUUGUGGUUGUGCAAUUCUUAAAUAUAUUACGUAAUAUUUUC